AUGGCGACUACUGCCUCUCACAAUGGUCACCAACAGCACAUGCCUUCUGGGUCGCACGGCCCAGUACCAGGGUCGCCCACUCUGACGAACCCCGACAUGAUUCUGCCCGAUUACGAGAUGCCAGACUCCCCCGAGGCGCUGCCACAAUCAGUGAUCACAUCAUGGAGGGACCCGAACCUGGGUCAGUUGGACUUUCAACUGCACUCGCAGCACGAUCACGGGUCCAUGCCAACCACGACACCCAUUAUCUACGGCAAUGGAACAAUGUUAUCAGAUAUUGGCGAGGUCACAGAGGUGGAAAGCAACGCCGGUACAGGGCCAAGGAGGGCCUCGUCACGAUACUCUGCAUACACCAACACCGAGACAUUUGGUGGCUCGCCCACACUGCUGAACAAGGGAUUUCAGCUCACCACGCAGCGAAUUGCGUUUGGCGACUUUGAUGACUCCAUGAGCGUUGGGGAUAGCUGUUUCCAAGGCGACGACGAGGAGAGUAUGGCAUCCGAGUUUGUCGAGGGUACGCAUCCGAACCAGGCACGAGUAAGAUCACAGCAUAAAAGGGAGGGAGACGUCAAGUACGCCACGACGGACAUAGGCCAAAGAGCAGAGCAAAUCCUGGCCAAUGCCAAGCGCAGGUUGACGGCAAUGGAAGGCAAUCUGUCCCGUGCAAGGAGCUCGUUGAGCUAUUCGGAUGGCUCAACGCCGUCCCCCCAGCUGGGCUGUUCUGCUAGUGCGAUACGAGACGGAGCUGCUGCGACAUCACUCAGUCACUCCAGGAUCAAGAGUGAAGAUGGUAUUGGUGACUUGAAGCAGCUGCCAGCGUUGGCGCAAAGGUCGGCCAGUGCCAUGGGCGCCGCUGGAGGCUACCGGCAGCCGUCGCUGCGUACCAAGCAAGCAGAGGCCGAGCUUCCUCCAUCGCGACUUGCGUACGGCAUCUCUCAACAUCCCUUGGAUACUACACUGGAGCCGCUGAGCGAGGACGACGACGAACAGCAAAGCUCGGGACCAACCAACAGCGCACGCAAUAGUAUGCGUGAUAGUCACUUGAUUCCGUUCCUGCUCAGUCCGACGUUUGGUGCGGACCCUGAUCGAGGAUUGACCAGGUCGGCUUCAGUGGCGCAGAUGAGGGACAUUCAAGAUCAGAUGCAGGGCCUCCGCGGAAAGAUCUCGACGCUGAAACAGCAAGCAAGGGCUGAUAGCCUCAAGCGACGGAGUCUUCAGAGUCUCCGGACUCCAAGCCCGUUCACCCACGCUCGCUGGGAUGGCGGUUACGUCGGCACGCCCUCAUUUGAUUCGAGCAGUUCAUCUCGUGAGGGCACGCCGACGGGGUUGCGUACGACCGAGACUCAGCCCCCCAUGCAAGAAAUGAAAGGACCCGAAAAGGAUGAGCCUGCUGUGGGCAAUGUGCAGCCUGCUGAUGAGAUGGCGCCUUCGCCAGAAGAAGUGACAGUACCUCAACAUCGACCAGCUUCUGUACCACCUGUGGCAGCACCGUCGCAAAACGACGACGAACCUCGCCCGCAUGACUUCACCGAUGAUGCCAAUGAUGAUAUGCGCACGGACAACGGCGAUUCCGAUGCCUCGAACGAGGAGGAGGAAGCCUUUGAUGACGCCCGAGCCGAGGUAUCAGAUUGGGGGAGUGAGAGCGGGGAGUCGACGUAUCACGACACUUUCCAGCACCAAGUCUCGCAUGAGGAUCGCGAAGAUGCUUUCGACUACGAGCAUUUCUUCCUCCACUCGGCUCUCGGCAGUAUCAGCCGUCAGCACAGGGAGAGCGACUCUGAAAGCGAUGUUUCUGACGACUCUGUCUCAACGACGCGGGGACCCAUUCCCACCCCUUCGAGCAUGUCUUUCCGCUCAGCCAUGUCACGGAAGAGACAGAGCGUGGAUACUACAGCUUCGGACGACACCUUUGCAACGGCGAACGAGGGUCGCGCUAGCCGCAGCUCAACCUUCAAGACUGAGCUGGGCUUAGGCAUAGACAGCUAUGACGAGCUGCCGCCUCUGGAAGAGGAACGCAGCAACGCCGGGGAUGACGCUCAGAUGAAUGAGAUGCCCAAAAGCAGGCAGAGGCAGAACUCGGUGCUCUACCGUCCGACCAGCGCUGCGCAGGCCGAUCGCCUGCACCGGCCCUCCAUCUCCUCCUUCGAGUCCACGGGAACGAAUCGCAGCUUCCCCCUUGUGAACAAGGCCAAGCUUCAUGGCGGUGUCCUUACGCCAGGGGGAUCUCCAGAUCCUAUGUUUACCAAGAUGUCAGAGGCUCUCAUGAACGACACCACCCGUGCCCUUGGCAACGGCGACUCAGCAAUAGCCUUGCGGAGUCUCCACAAGGACGACCAGUUCAUGGUUGAGCGGCUGGUGGCCAGCAUUGGAAAAUCAGUCUGUCAUCGAGAGGCAGAGCACGUCCACCCUGCCACGAUCCAGCCGCGCCGCAUCCAGUCAACAGCGACCACGAUAUAUACAGACAGCACAAGCGAAUCCACAAACGCGAGCGCCGCCACCCCUGGCAUGGACUUCCUCACCCACCAGGCGCUCUCGCGCAUCCUCCCGCCCGACGCCUACGCUUUCGUUCAGACCAAUAUCCUCCACCCGCAGUCGCAGUUCCAACUGCUGCUCAAGCAGAGCACCGUGGUCGCGACCAACGCCGUCUCGGCGACCCUCCCGUACCUCGACCCACUGAUUGAGCGCGUGUCCGAUGCGCUGCACGACAACUCGGGCGCCGUGGGCGUGGUGGUGGCGCUGGGCGUCAUCACGGCCGUGGUCAUGAUCAUGAACUGGAUACGGCGGCUGAUGAUGUGGUGGGCGCGCUUCACCAUGGUCCUGGCGUUUUACGCGGCCGUCGUUGUCGUGAUUGCCAUUGCGUGGGAGAGGGGGCCCGCGCGGUCGCUGCGGGACGUUGUGGUGGUCGCGUCCAAGAUUGUGGGCUACCUGGCGUCGUUGCGGGAGGUCUGGGUGCAGGAGUACGACCGCUACGAGAGCCAGGGCAACCCGAGGAUGAGGAGGUAG